AUGCAAUCAAGAACUUGUCUAUGCUCUCUUGGCCUUCCAUCACUCCCUCCUCCUCCACGGCGCAAUUCAUCACUACCCUUUAUUUCACACACUAAUAGGAGGAGUUUUAUAUGUGCAUCAUCAUCAUACGGGCACCACAAUUACAAUGAUGGGAAGUUGGUGGAUGAGGACAUGAUCACUCUUAGAUGGAGAAUCCGGGAGAUUGAGAUGGAUGAAAAAAACAACAAUGAAGCUCCUUCUGAUUGGAUGAGCAAAUUGGAGAAGAAAUACUUUGCAAACUAUGAGUCAGAUGUGUGUGAGGCAGUUGGAUUCUUACAGAGAAUGUUAAUGGACACUAGACCUUCCUUCGCAUUCGCCAUCAUCGCUCUGCUUAUGCUAAGCAUGUCAACCUCAGCUUCACUACUACUCUUUAAUCUCGUCCAUUAUUUAUUAGCCAACCCAAUCAUGUAA